GUUUAGAUGCUGGUCGAACCCUAUUUUGUUGCACAACCUGUAGCAAAGUGGUUAGCGAAGCAAAAACUAGCGAGCUAACGUCGCAUCAUCAAGCUCGAUAUGCCCGCCCAUCGCCUGUAACAUCACUCAGUGAAAGCACAGGCUGUUGUGAUGUCAGAGCCAAAGUCCCCUACUCCGACCCCUGGAGACACAUACAAGGGUUGGCUCUUCAAAUGGACAAACUACAUAAAAGGUUACCAAAGACGCUGGUUUGUUCUCAGCAAUGGCUUGCUCUCUUACUACAGGACUCAGGCUGAGAUGGGUCACACAUGCAGAGGCACCAUUAACUUGGCCACAGCCAACAUUGCUGUGGAAGAUUCGUGCAAUUUUGUGAUUUCUAAUGGAGGGGCACAGACCUAUCACCUGAAGGCCAGCUCCGAAGUAGAGCGCCAGCGAUGGAUCACUGCUUUGGAACUUGCAAAGGCGAAGGCUGUCCAAAUGCAGGCAGAAUCUGAUGACUCAGGUGACGAUUUCCCUGCAGUCUCGCCAAACUCAGGACAGGGUGGAGACUGCCGUAACACAGAAAUCCAGUCUACAUUACGCACACUUAACAGCAAAGUGGAGGAUCUUGCCACCUGCAAUGAUCUCAUUGUCAAGCAUGGGUCUGCUCUCCAAAGGUCUUUAUCAGAACUUGAAGGACUUCGUGUCGCAGUGGACAUGGGAGAAAAGGUCAAACAAGUCACAGAGAGAGCCACGCUGUUCCGAAUCACAUCCAAUGCCAUGAUCAACGCAUGUAGAGACUUCCUUUCCAUGGCUCAGAGCCACAGUAAGCGCUGGCAGAAGGCCUUACAGACUGAAAGAGAACAGAGGAUACGUCUGGAGGAGACUCUGGAGCAGCUAGCCAAACAGCACAACCACCUAGAAAGAGCUUUCAGAGGAGCAACAGUUCUCCCCCCUUCAUUCAGUAAUCCUGCCUUAGGAAACAAAGGGGGUGUUUCAGGGAAAGCCGAUGCCAGUGACGAGGAUGAUGACAAUGAGUUCUUUGAUGCUAUGGAGGAGCCAGCAGAGUUUAUUACUGUCCCCGCUGACCCCAAAUAUCACAGGAGAUCUGGCAGCAACAUCAGUGGGAUCAGCAGUGAGACUGGGACGGAUGAUCAGUCGGUAAAUUUUGAUGAACUUUCUUUGGCAUCAAACCCAGAGUCUCCACAGCCGCUGGAGCUGGAGCCAGUUAGGCAAAGGCGAACUCGUAUCCCGGACAAACCAAACUAUUACCUCAAUCUGUGGAGCAUCAUGAAGAAUUGUAUUGGAAAGGAGCUCUCAAAAAUACCGAUGCCUGUGAAUUUUAAUGAGCCCCUGUCAAUGUUGCAACGUCUGUCUGAAGACCUGGAGUACUACGAACUCCUUGAUAAGGCUGCAAAGAGUCAUAGCUCUCUAGAGCAGAUGUGUUAUGUGGCAGCCUUCACAGUGUCUUCCUACUCCACCACAGUCCACCGUACAGGAAAGCCCUUCAACCCUCUGCUCGGAGAAACCUUUGAGCUCGAUCGGCACAGAGAGUGCGGUUAUCGCUCUCUUUGUGAACAGGUCAGUCACCACCCACCUGCCGCAGCCCACUACGCCUUCUCUGAAAAGGGCUGGACCCUCAGACAGGAGAUAACACUAGCCAGCAAGUUUAGAGGGAAAUAUCUCUCUAUCAUGCCUUUGGGUUCUAUUCAGUGUAUAUUUGAAAAGAGCAACAAUCACUAUUCUUGGAAAAAAGUGACCACAACAGUUCACAACAUUAUUGUUGGGAAAUUGUGGAUCGAUCAGUCGGGAGAGAUAGACGUGGUGAACCACAAGACAGGAGAUCGCUGCCACCUCAAGUUCGCUCCCUACAGUUAUUUCUCCAGAGAUGUACCGAGAAAGGUAACAGGAGUAGUAACAGAUAAGGAUGGAAAAGCGCAUUAUGUCCUGUCAGGAACGUGGGAUGAGAAAAUGGAGUUUUCCAAAAUUAUGCAGAGCAGUAAAGGUGAAAAUGGCACUGAAGGCAAACAGAGGACUGUCUAUCAGACACUGAAAGCCAAAGAAAUCUGGAGAAAGAACCCGUUACCGGAGGGAGCAGAGAACAUGUACUACUUCUCCUCUUUGGCUCUGACUCUCAAUGAACCCGAAGAGGGAGUUGCGCCAACAGACAGUCGGCGGCGACCUGACCAGCGGUUAAUGGAGGAAGGCCACUGGGACGAGGCCAACGCAGAGAAACAGCGUCUAGAAGAAAAACAACGCAGCACCCGUCGAGAAAGAGAGAGAGAAGCUGUGAAAGCAGCCAGCUCACCUGAGGAAGCUGUCACUGAGGCUUCGAUCAAUGACUCGCCUUUGAAAACUGAUGCAAAAGAGCCUGCUCCUGCUUCAAGUGAGAUUUCUGAUGAAAGUGGCCAUCCAGACACCUACCAAGCACUGUGGUUUGAGAAGAUGGAUGAUCCUGUGUCCGGAGAAACGUUGCACAUCUACAAGGGGGGUUACUGGGAAGCUAAGGAGCAAGGGAACUGGGAUAUGUGCCCUGACGUCUUCUGAGCACAGCUGAACAAUUUCCCCACUGAGGUGUACAAAUACACGAUCGUUAGAGGGACCCCUUUUUCCUAUCACAUUAAUUAGGAAAUCCAGUUUGACAUCAGCCUAGCCCGUCAUCUGACCAACCUCCUUCAGCCCCUCCGUUCAGCAGGAUCAAGGUCGGCUGGACUUCGCGUUCAAGUACACACGAUUGCCUGUGUGGCAUUGUAGUCACCCUGCAGCUGGUUGGUGUUCCUCUCACUGCCUCUCAAACCCUGAAGUUUAGCUUGGUUUUGGUCCACAGCCUCUUCCCAGUCCAGGGUUUUCUGAUCCAGCCUUCAGGUUGCAGUUUGCAGCAGCUCUUUCUGAAAAUGUCAUUCUGCAGUUUCUUUGGAUGUGCUAUUGUUGGAAGGGUUAUUGACCCAGAUGGUACCUUUCGAUAUGAAAGGCUUGCUCUGAUAGGUUGAGGUACUACCUAACAUGAUUAAUGUAUGUUUUUCUGCCACAUUCCUGUUUGUUUUCCAAAUACUCCAAAGCCUCCUCAGCACAAAACCACAGCAAGUCAAAGUUAAAUCGCAUCCUUUUAUAAUUCCCACAGUAAUAUCCACGUUACCAUUUUCAGGCCACAAGUUUAGCUUUUGGCAUUUUGGAGAUAAAUGAACAUACGUUCGAUACAGAGCCAGACUGAUAUAGGAUUUCUAAGACUGAUAUACUGGCCUAAAUUUGACACAGUGACCUUUUAAUUUUCUUUUUGGGCACAUAAACACAUUUCCUUAACAUUUGUUACAUGUAUUUAUUUAUCUACUCGUUUACGCUCUGCCUGACUAUGCUCAGAGCAUCUGGUUGUGUUUCUGUUGUGUUUCAAACACAGUGUAGCCAACAGGGAAGUGGACAAAGCGUAACAUCAACAAUCAACAAUCUGCAUUUCAUUCUCAUUUAUAGGUCAUUCUAAAUGUCAAUACUGACAAAUCGGCAAAUAGCCGAUAUAUCAGUCGGCCUCUAAUGCAGAAUUUGCCUUUGAAUUUAUAGUGAUUUGUGGUGCUGCUUCAACCCCUGAAACAACAACUAUGGAGGUAUAAUAUAGAUAUAUACUAAGACUUUUAAAAGAUGGUUUGAACUGUCUUAUUUUCCCCCAUUCUAAUACACCGCAAAGAUCCAGAAGUAUUUAUUAUAACUGUGCUGUCCACGUGAGUUUGUGACUAAAUUUAAAUCAGCAGAUCUGCGCGCUGAGAUGUCACGGAGCUGCGUGGAGUUUACUGCUAACUCGAGGAUUUGCAAACUGAGGGCAUUUGAAGCGAGUGGUUUGGCCUUUGUGGUUAACUUCAGACUUAGCGAGCAUAGCUUUAAUCUUGAUUACAAAUAUUUGUGUGCUGUGAGUUUAGAUUUUCUUUUUUGUUUUUUUUAAAUAGCAAUAACAGUGCCUCUGCUCCUACAAGAGGCACAAAUUGAAAUGCGGGGGUAGCGUUGAGCAAGAACACUAAAGCUGCACAAACCGACUUUUGUCUCGGUCUUUGCUGUUGUUUGUCUCGAGGUGGUGGACUGUACAGGUGGUAGAAAGUUUUAAUCAAUGUCACAUUAAAGUGUACUUAAAAUAAGCUCUACCAACGAAGAUGACAAAAACAGCGCUAGAAAAUGAUUUAUGUGUGAAUACACCAAAUAGUGAAAUAACUGUGAUCAUAAGUAGUUGUGUUGAUGAAGAAUAUAAAAAGAGUGAUGCACUUUUCAAAGUUUUGUUUUGGGGUUUUUUGUGUUUCAUUAUCAUUGUUUACUCCAUAUGAACAUAGUUUCAUUUUCUGAAUCGAGGGCACCGUGUUACAACAUGUAGCUCUUUAGCAACCAAGUUAGCUUUCAGUUUGAAAUAUUCGUCUUUAUUUGUGUUCUGCCACCGUCAUCUUCACCGAGGCUCUGCGAGCUAUUUAAAAACACUUCUUUAUAGAAUAGGUGUACAGAUUUGUGUCCUCUGUUGUUUUUAUUACAUGUAACAUUUCUGUUUCUGUGUUCGUUUGAAUUGUGUGGUUCUGUCAUUUCAUCUUUAUGUUUCUAGUUUUUUUUUCUGUCGGUUUCCACCAGUUUCAUCACUUUGUUCCAGCUAGUGUGGUUUUUUUUUUCCUCCCUUUUUUUCUGACUGUCCUCGUCUACAACUGUCCAAAGCUCAGUUGGUCAGAUUUUGAUGUUGGCUAUUGAGAUAUUUGUGUGAGCUUGUUCUGGAAACUUUUCCUAAACCAUGUUCAAUAAAAUAUGAAAUGAAUUACAAUUCUAAGGAAACUUUUCACCUUUUUCUGUCCUUUUGAUGGAGUUUUUAAAAGGAUUGUUUUAGAGAUUGUGGCUGGAUUAAAGUCUGAAU